GGAGGCAUGACUGCAAUUCACAGAGUGAACACCGGAGGGGGCAUGACAUGCAAUUCACAGAAUGAACACGGAGGGGGCAUGACUGCAAUUCACAGAAAUGAACACCGGAGGGGGCAUGACUGCAAUUUGACAGAAUGAACAGCGGAGGGGGCAUGACAUGCAAUUCACAGAAUGAACACCGGAGGGAGCAUGACUGCAAUUCACAGAGUGAACACCGGAGGAUGGCAUGACAUGCAAUUGCAAUUAACACAGAAUGAACACCGGAGGGAGCAUGACUGCAAUUCACAGAGUGAACACCGGAGGGGG